AUGACGCUUUUGCCGUCUGAACCUAAAACUCUGGAGUCCGCCCCCAUCUCCGCGACGCCCAGCGCCAGCACGGGCUCUGAGGAUCCAGAGACCAGGAUGCUAGAAAAGAGGUCAAAGGUCAUCGAGGAGCUGCUGCAGACAGAGAGGGACUACAUCAAAGACCUUCAAAUGUGUGUCGAGGAGAUCAUUGAGCCUCUGCAGCAGAAGCAGGUGAAGAAUGUGGAUUACGAGGGGCUCUUUGGCAACAUCAGCUCAGUGAUUGACCUGUCACAGCGGCUGUUGAAUUCACUGCACGAGACUGACUCCAUAGGUAAGGUAUUCCUGGACUUCAAGGUAGAAUUGGAGGAGGUUUACAAGCUCUACUGCCAAAAUCACGAUGAUGCCAUCUCUUUGCUGGAGACCUACGAGAAAGAUGACAGCAUCCAACACCACGUGUUGGAGUGUCUAAAGAGACUGAGGUGAGUCUCACACACACGCACACACAAAGCACCCUUUAAAGGUUCGCUCUUUAAGUUGAGAUUUCAGCCAUGUUUGCAUGGGAGUGACUGAAAACAUGCAUGCUUU